CACUAAAAGGAAAAUGCCAUAGUAGGUUGUGCUAAGUCAAUAUGAGGGGGAAGAGAAGGAUAGAUUGAGUAAUUCUUGGUUGAGGUAUUCUUCCUUGAGGUAUUGAAUUUAAAGAUCAACAAGGAGCACAUCCAAAUGAGGAGAUGGAAAAGGUAAGCACAAGCAAAGUUCUGAAUCAAUCUUCUUAUACUAUAUUUUAGUAGUUCCUAAGUUGAUCCCAUAGACCACUAACAAACACAUCUAUCCAAGGUGAGGAUCAGAUGGAAAAAAUAGUCUUGAUGAAUCUUUUGAUACUGCUGCCUAGUUUCUUGUCAUUAGUUUCAAUAUCCAUGGCUGUUCCACCACUAGCCUUGCCGGGUUGCCAGGAGAAAUGUGGAAAUAUGAACAUACCCUACCCAUUUGGCAUCGGAGAAGGUUGCUUCAAGAGCCUUGGUUAUCAAAUCUUAUGCAAGCCCCAGGAUGACACCUUCAAACCAUAUAGAGAAAGGAAGAAUUUGCGAGGAAAUCAAGAUGAUGAUGAGGUUCUUGAGAUAUCAUUACUGGAAGCCCAAAUCAAAGUCAAGAAUAGAAAUUAUGCUUCUCAAUGCUUCAAUUCUACAGGAGAAGAAUCAGAUUCGAAAAACUACACAAGCGAUGACGCUUGGAUCGGUUCGCCGUUCACAUUCUCAUCCAGUCGCAAUAAGAUCAUAGCUAUCGGGUGCGACACCUUAGCCUUCAUAAGUGAUGUUUUGGGCAUCAUCUUUACGAGUGGGUGCCUUGCUGCGUGUGAUAGAUUGAACAUGAUUACUGCAGCAGAUGGGUCUUGCUCUGGACUUGGUUGUUGCCAGGGCCCAAUCCCUUUGGGACUCAAAAGUUUUCUUGUGACACUUGAUUCUUUUAAUAACCACACUAGGGUUUGUCAGUACAACCCCUGCAGCUUUGCUUUCUUGGCUGAGCAAGACUGGUUCAUCUUUAAUUCCUCAUCAGAUCUUUCGUCUUCUACAUUGAAUAGAACUUAUAUUCCGGUGGUGUUGGACUGGGCAAUUGGGGAUCCGACUAGUGAACACCCCACAUGUGAACAAGCACGUAAUGAUACAAAAUCUUAUGCUUGUGGUCCAAAUAGCUAUUGCUCUGAUUCAAUCAAUGGUCCCGGCUAUGGCUAUCGGUGUAAUUGCAGCGAUGGUUUUGAGGGCAAUCCUUAUCUCCUUCAAGUUGGAUGCCAAGACAUAAAUGAAUGUGAAAAUGGAUACAAUAAUUUAUGCGAUAAGAGUGGUAAAUGCAAAAAUACGAUUGGGAGUUAUAGCUGCUAUUGCCCACAAGGCUACCAUGGCGAUGGUUGGACAAAUGGGACUCGUUGUACUCAGGACAAACAAAAUUCGUUGAUCAAAAUUAUUGCAGGUGCUGGUGUAGGUACCAUACUUGUAUUCAUCUGUAUUUAUUUAUCAUACUUGGGAAUCCAAAGGAGAAGAAUGAUCAAACGUAGAGAAAAAUUCUUUCAACAAAAUGGAGGUUUGUUAUUACAGCAACAAAUUGCUUCGCGUAGGGGUGUCACCGAUAUUUCCGGGAUCUUUACCAUAGAACAGCUUAAGAAGGCAACCAACAACUUUGAUGACAGUCGGAUACUUGGCCAAGGAGGGUUCGGUACGGUUUAUAAAGGAAUCUUAUCAAAUGGUAAAGUAGUGGCAAUCAAGAAAUCCAAAAUAAUGGAUAAAGGCCAAAUUAUACAGUUUAUCAAUGAGGUUGAUAUCCUUUCUCAAAUCAACCAUAGAAAUGUGGUGAAGCUCUUGGGUUGUUGUCUAGAAACAGAGGUUCCAUUGUUGGUUUACGAGUUCAUCUCUAAUGGAACCCUCUCCCAACAUAUUCACAAUGAGCACCAGUCGUUGUCUAUUUCAUGGGGAAAUCGUUUAAGAAUUGCUGCUGAAACAGCCGGAGCACUUGGGUAUUUACAUUCUUCUCAUUCGAUACCCAUUCUUCAUAGGGAUGUCAAGUCUACCAAUAUACUUCUAGAUGAUAAUUACAUAGCUAAAGUAUCUGAUUUUGGAGCUUCAAGGCUGGCCCCUUUAAAUCAAACUCAAGCUACAACAUUAGUUCAAGGGACCUUAGGUUAUUUGGACCCAGAAUGCUUUUAUACAGGUCAGCUAAUUGAUAAGAGUGAUGUUUAUACCUUUGGUGUUGUCCUUGUUGAGCUUUUGACAAGGCAAAAGGCAAUUCUAUCCGAAGGGAUUGAGGAUUGUAAAAGCCUUGCAAUGCAUUUUGUUUCUUCAAUGAAAGAUAACAAUCUCUUUCAGAUUCUUGACUACCAAGUAGUGAAUGAGGGAGAUAGAGAACAACUGGUGGCAGUUGCUGAACUUGCAAGAAGAUGCUUGAAGGUUAAAGGAGAAGAUAGGCCAACAAAGAAAGAAGUUGCAAUGGAGCUUGAUUCACUAAUAAAGUUGUAUGAGAACCCAUGGAUACAACACAAAUACGAGGAAACUGAAAGCCUUCUUGGUGGAGCAUCAACAAGUUCUACUAUCAAUGGGACUGAUCAAGAAUCUUUCGGAUAUUCUAUCAUGCAGGCAUUAGAGAUUACUCGUUGAUUAUUCAACACUAGAAGUUGAUCUUUGCAAUUAUGACAUAGUUUUCCUUUUGUAACUAUUGUUUGUAUUCUAGACCUACAUCUUUCUAAGACAUUGUAUAACUUUAUAAGAGAUUUAUUACCUCUUAUCAUGUCUAUGGCCUAAACAAUUAGUCAUUAUGUAGUUGCUUAUUUUGGGAUGGCCCUCC